AUGAAUAAUCUUCAAUGUCUAAAUCACAACACUUCCAACCCACUUGAUAAUUACAUCAUAGAGCAGUCCAUUGGCAAGGGAACCUUUGGCAAAGUCUAUAGAGGUCUUCAUAAACCUACUCAAUAAUUUGUAGCCAUCAAGAUUCUCGAGAAGAGCAGAAUCGAACAGCCUGCAGAUUUCACUAGAAUCUAAAGAGAAAUCCACAUUCUUCGCAAACUCCGCCAUCCCAAUAUUGUUUAAUUAUAUGAAAUCCUUGAAUCAGACACUAAAAUUUAUCUCAUCAUGGAGUUUGUAAGUGGAGGUGAACUAUUCCAACACAUCGUAAAAAACAAGCGUCUCUCUGAAAAUGAAGCCGCAGCCCUCUUUUCCUAAAUCAUUGAAGCCAUAGAAUAUUUGCACUCUCUCAAAAUUGCACAUCGAGAUCUUAAACCUGAAAACCUACUCCUAGAAAAUAACAACCUCAAAGUAGUUGACUUUGGUCUCAGCAACAUCUAUACCGAUCUACUUUCAACACCCUGUGGCUCUCCCUGUUACGCAGCUCCAGAAAUGGUCUCAGGAAUCCAAUAUUCAGGCAUCAAGACUGACAUCUGGGCUAGUGGCAUAAUUCUAUAUGCCAUGCUUUGUGGGUACGUACCUUUUGAAGAUUCAAAUACACGAAAACUGUAUGAGAAGAUCAAGUAUUCUGACUUCCAAAGACCUUCCCACUUGAGUCCUCAAGUGAUCGACUUAUUAUAAGGAUUAUUGAAUAAGAAUCCUUUAAGUCGGUUGAGCAUAGCCAAAAUUAAGAUGCAUCCCUUUGUUAGCAAAUACUCCUAUUCAGUACAAAUUCAUCGCACCUUGGCAAUCAAUUCAAACAUAGUCAAAUAGUUACAAGCAAUUGGAAUUGAUAGUUAAAAAUGCAGAGAAAUGAUCAUCAAUAACAAACACAAUCCAAUUACUACUACUUAUCACCUUUUGAAUAAAUAUCAAAAACCAGCCUUGCCAUCUUAAAGAGUAAGAACUCAUUAGAGUAUUAAAUCCGUUGUUGAUAAACCCAGUAGUUCAAAUGAUCGUAGACCUAAUUCAAGUGUCUAUCAUAACAAAACUAAAUCAUAUGAAAAUAAUUAUACUACAGCUAUGAUUAUGAACAGAGGAUAUGAUAAUCGCAUUUCAGAGAGGCCUAAGUCUACUGAAAGAAGGAUAUGUACAGAGAAUGACAGAUGGGAACGUAUCAAAACUUAGUAUGAGACAAAAGAAAAUUCUUAAAGGAAAACUCACAUGUCGAAACCAAGUAAAUCCCCUGUUAUGUAUGCGGAAUAUAAAUUGAAAACAGCAAGAAUUAUAAUUAAAUUUCUAGUUUUAUACUCAAGACCUACAACAUUUUAGAAGUAUCCCAGAUCACUAAUAUAGAACAAUAUGUAUGAAGAUAUAGUUAGUUGGAAUGAAGAUGGGCUAUCUUUCACAGUCAAAAAUAUAAGUCAAUUCUCAUCGAUUGUUCUACCCAUCCACUUCAAGCAUUAAAAUUUCUCUUCCUUUAUUAGAUAGUUAAACAUGUACGAUUUUCAUAAAACAAGAGGAGGAAGUGUCAAUGAGUUCAAAAAUGAAUAUUUCCAAAAAGGCAGAAAGGAUCUGCUCCAUUAAAUUAAACGUAAAGCACAUAAUGAACUUGUACCUAUAAAUUAGCCUGUACAACAAGAUUCCUCAGAUUAACUAAAUCAACUCUUCCAAAAAUGUGAUUACUUACACAAUCUAUGCUCCUCACUGCUGGAAAGAAAUCAUAAGGUUAUCAAAGACAACAAAACUCUUUAGAAGGUUCUAACUAGCAAUAACAAACUCUAUCUACAGGAUGAAUUCUAGUAGCCAGAAUAAUUGUGUAUAACAAAUUAUGAACUUACCAAUAAUGUUUAAUGA